AUGUGCACUUCACCGGCCAUGCAGCGCGUACAGCCCUCACCGCGUGCAGCGCGUAAAAGCGAGUGGCUCCGGAGCGCCCUGGCACACCACCACUGCUCCGAUCCUGGAGUGGAGAACGAAAUCGUUGUCUUGGCCACUGGAAUAGACCAAUAUCUGCAAGAAGUCUUCCACCACCUGGCCUUCCCUAGCCGGGACGAUACUGUGUCGGCGAAAGAUUUCACUGCGCUCUGUGCCGUUCUGGGACUGAACAGAGCUGAGGUGGGAAAGAGAACUGCGAACGUAACGGAAACAGCGGGAGCUGGAGAACGAGAAGAGGAAGAUGAAGAGUUUAGAGAUAUAUGCUCUGGGCUUCCCAGCCAGCUCUCUUUCAAAGAAUUUCACUCACGGCUCUGUGGGUAUUUCCGUGUGCGCAGUGCGCGUAGAGGUACCGGGGAGUGUGCCUUGCGUCUGCCCGUUAGCGAGGAUACAGAGCUGGUAGAGAGGCAGAUCCGGCUUCGGUGGCCGCGAGUUAGGCGGCGAAAGUGUGUCAGUUUUGAUCUGACAAAGGACCAGAAUGGACCAGUCAACACAUCUGUGAAAGGUCGGACCUCAGAGCACCGUGAACCAGCUUCUACUCCAGAUGAGGUGGCAGCUCUAAGGGAGCUGGUGGAGGACCUCCGCUCAGCGCUGCAGGGGAGCGAUGCCCGCUGCCUGGCUCUGGAGGUGGCGCUCCGACAGGAGAGGAGCAGCACCCUCCCUUCUGCAUCCUGCUACAACCCUACGGUUUCAAAGCCUAAGACUUCCAUCACAUUUAUCCAGGGAAAACUAGUUCCAACUCAAAGAAUUAAAGGACAGCUAAGCAGUGCUGCAGGAGACUCAGCAAGGAGAGUGGCAAGGAAACGAGAUAUCAGAGACCCACUUCUAAGGGAGCUGAAGCUGAUCCGCUCCUCACGUGAUGGGCAGCUGGAGGAGGCCAUCAGAUUCAAUAAGCAUCUGGAGGAGGAGCUGCAGUGGGCGUACCAGGAGGUGCGCAAGUUGCAGGGGGUGGAGGCUGCACUGAGGAAGGAGAACACUCAGAUCAGGAAGCGGGCAGAGGAGGCCAGGGAGGCUCUGAGCUCAGGGCUGCAGCAGGUUCGGCUGAUCCAGGAACAGGCCCGGUCUGUGCCCCAACUCCAGUCCAGGAUCACCCAGCUUGAGACUGAGCUGCACAGAUACAGAACCAGCUGCACGUGUGUCCCCAGCCCUGCAAGUCAACAGAACCACCCUGAAGACAUUUGCAGCAAAACAGAUGCUGAGUGUCUACAGAGGGCAGUGGAGGGAAGAGCUGCAUCUGAUGAAGAGGAGGAGGACAGUAGGAUGAGAGAGGAAGAACAGCGCUGCCUGAUGGAGGUGAAGAGGCACAUUGGACGAAUGCAUGGCUGUAGCAAAGGAUGUCAGGACCAUGUGGUCCAUCACCUUCUCUCUCAGAGUCAAAUGUAUGACAGAAACCUCAGCAGCACUUCUAAAGACAACAGGGGGCACUUCUGUCGGAAAGGACCAAACCAAGAGCAGCCGCAGGGAGGCUUUAAACAAACGAGUCCUGAGGAAGAGGAGGAAAGGACACAAGAGGAAAAUGAGAAAACACGUCUGUCUUUGUUGGAGGGCAAACUCACUGAUUCACUGGCAUUGCUGCUGCAGCUACGUAACAAGAACAUGUCCAGCAGGGGGCUGGGGAAGAUGGUGAUGGAUACUUUGGAUGUGUGCAGCAGGGGUGGAGCUGAUCCUGCAGGUCGCUGAUUCUGUCUCCGUACACUGAUCCUUAACUGCUCAAAGAUGGAGGAGAAAGGAUGACGGAGGAGGAGGAGAGAGCAGAGAGCAGAGAGCAGAGAGAAACUCCUGCUUCUACCCUCAGGAUAUCAAACUAGCAGUGUCAACCCACUGCUCAUCUCCUGCUGAGUCAGCUGUAACACAUG